AUUUUGAAAAAUGUAUAGCCAUUAACAGAUUCCUUCAAGAAAAAGAAAAAAAAAACCCAGAUAAAUUUGAUUAAAAAGUAAAAGAGAAAGGUAAUCCCAAUUCCCAUGCAAUAAUUCAAAGAAAAGAGAAGAGAUUCAAGACGGAGGGAACAUUUUACUUUUUGUGUUGUCCGAUCAUCCAAAUUUCAAACUCAAACCCUAAUUGGUUUGAUCUCAAAUUGACCCUUUUAUUGAAUACCAAGUUUUGCCUUAAUGGAGGUUAAGCUAUGGAAUGACAAGCGCGAAAGAGAAAUGUAUGAGAAUUUUGCAGAGCUAUAUGCCAUUAUCAAAGCAACAGAGAAGCUUGAGAAGGCUUAUGUAAGGGAUAUCAUUUCAUCAUCCGAGUAUGAAACCGAGUGCCAAAAGCUUAUUGCCCAUUUCAAAACCUUGGCUUUUACGCUCAAAGACACGGUCCCCAGCAUUGAACGCUUUGCAGACACAUAUAAGAUGGAUUGCCCUGCUGCUAUAAACCGACUUGUAACCUCUGGGGUGCCUGCUACCGUUGAGCACCGAGCUGCAGCCGCCACAUCUGCUACUAACUCGGCUGCCAUUGUGGCUGAAUGCGUGCAGAAUUUUAUCACUGCCAUGGACUCGUUGAAGCUCAAUAUGGUGGCAGUUGAUCAGGUGCAUCCUUUGUUGUCUGACCUCUCCGCAUCUCUCAAUAAGCUUGGCAUUUUGCCACCUGAUUUCGAGGGGAAGAUGAAGAUGAAGGAAUGGAUUUCACGGUUGUCGAAAAUGGGCGCGGCUGACGAGCUAACGGAACAGCAAGCUAGGCAGCUCCACUUUGACUUGGAAUCUUCAUACAAUUCCUUUAUGGCUGCUUUGCCUAGUGCCUGUACUUGAAUCGAUCCAACAUACCCUUUUUUUUUAUCUCUGGAAACUGGUGUAUUCUCUGUGAUGUUUUAGGAUUAUUAAGUUGGUAGCAGUGUAUAAAUUUAGCGAAUUAUCGGAUUGUUGAACUCAAAGAUGCCUAUUAAUGUGCUGAACAUGGAGAAAAUGUUUAUGUUGUCAAUCUAUGAUAAUAUAUUUGUGCUU